CGACUUGACAUGACUGAAAGUAAAGUUUCACCUCCACUCAUCAUCAAAUUUGAUGAAACUAUAAAUUCUCAGAAGUUACAAGAAAAUCUGGAGGGGAGAUAUCAAUCACGUUAUGUCUACAUCACAGCACUGACAGCAAAUAUUCUUUUGAUUGCUGCUGGUUUCACUUUGAAUUGGGCCGCACCCGUACUACCGAUGCUUUUAUCUAACAACACCGAUAUCAAUCCAUUAGGAAGACAGAUUUCCACUUUGGAAGUUUCUUUUUUGGCAGCUACUACAAAUAUUACUGGUUUUCUGGGAUUUUAUAUCAUGGCAAAAGUUUCCGAUAGAUUUGGCAGGAAAGCAACUAUGAUAUUUUCAGCUAUAAUUCACGCGUUUUCUUUCAAUGUAAUUGCAUUCAUCGGCAACAUUUAUUCGUAUUAUAUUUGUUUGUUGUUAAUAGGUAUUGGAUUUUCUGGAAUAGUUGUAAGCGUUUCCGUAUAUAAUGUAGAAAUUUCAGACAAACAUAAUAGAGAUAGAGUAAGCAGUAUAGUUGGAAUUGGAAUACCCAUGGGUGUGUUACUUUCUUUCCUUUUUGGCUCGGUAACGUCUGUCAAAGUAUUCAGUAUAAUUAAUGCAGUACCGGCAUUCCUCUUUCUAAUAUUAGGACCUUUCAUUAUUAUUGAAUCGCCAGUUUAUCAUUGUUUGAGAGGCAGGAAAAACGAAGCUCUAAUAUGUUUAGAACGUCUUAGAAGAUUUGCGAGCCAACGAGAAAUAGAAACAGAAUAUUUAGAGAUAUUAUCGAAUGUAAAAGAAAGAGGAGAAAAGAAAAACUCUGUUAUCGAUUUAUUUAAAACAAAAGCAUCAAAAAGAGCGUUAUUGCUUUCAAUAUUUUUAUCUACCGGAAGACAAACGUCUGGUCUUCCUCUUGUAAUGACCUUCAUAGGCAUCAUAUUCAAAGAUACCGGAUCAAGUUUGUCAGGUAAUAGAAUCGGAAUUCUAUUGGGAUUUGAACAAGUUAUAUCCAUAAUACCAAUGAUAUAUUUCAUCAAAAAAUUAGAUAGAAGAUAUUUCGUCCUUGCUUCAUGUUUAGUAGCUUCCUUCUCACUAUUUACUUUGAGUUUAUCCCUAUUUCUUGAGCACAGUGAUUAUAACUUCAAAGAAUACAUCCGAUGGUUACCUCCCGUAUCCGCUUUAGUGUUUAUGCUAGGUUAUAAUCUUGGAUAUGGUCCCUUAUCAUUGUCUUUAAGUGGAGAAUUAUUCAAUAAUAAUUUGAGAUCGAUUGGAGUUGGAGUGGGUUUGUUAAUGGAAUGUUUGUGCACGUUUGUAGUGAAAUUCACGUUUCCUUUACUAAUAGAAGCUUUAGGACUACAUUUCAGUUUAGCAAUUUUCACUGUAACGGGUUUGGUGAAUUUUACAGUGUUUUACCGAUUUUUACCAGAAACUAGGGAAAAAUCGCUUAGAGAGAUACAAAAAUUAUUAGAAAAUUGAAAACUAUUCGGUAUACUUGUAUAUAUAAAAGAUAUGAUUAUUGUAUAGCUGAUGAUGAUGAUUAUACUAAAUACAAUGAUUUCAAAAUUUAGUUUAUCAUUUAUUAUGACCUAUAAAAGCAAUACAAUGCCAUUAUUGUUCAUUAUCUACUAGAGAAAGAUAAAUGAGCGAUCAAAUUUAUUUUAAAAAAUAAUACUUCCCCUAUUCUAGGUUCGUGAUAAUUUGAAAGUGGAAGUUUUUCUUCAAGAAUAAAUUUGGUGAGUACAUCGUCACACCUGUAAAGUUUCCAAUUGUUUCGACAUGCAGAAAAAAUAAAACCGCGGUUUCAAAAUAAAAUAACUCAAUAUGUACAGGUUUACACUUAUGAAUAUAAAUAAUAACCUACCUUGUAGUUUUUGGAGAAAUAUCAUCAUGGAAACUUAGCACCAGGACAUUAACUGUUUCUUUGCCGAAUCGAAAUUCCACUUCACUUUAAGGAGUACACUGAUUUACUCGUAGCCUAAAGUUUCGAAGUACCUUCGGCCUGAAAGUUUCAUUUUCAUCAAAAGAGUCAGGGGAAUCAUCAUUAGUCUUUCCAAACUAGCCUGUUUCGAAAUAUUUCAGAAGAUUAUGAUGACGUCGUUUAAACUGAUUUAAAAUAAUAUAUGAAUUGAGUUUAUCAAACGGAAGCAAAAGGAAACAAAAAUUUAGGAUAGAAACGUAUUUAUGACAGCGUCCUUUGCAUCCUUUGCGUUUGAACCUUGUAGCUUCUUUUGCUUCACCAAUAAUAUGUAUUGGUUCUACAAGGUCUAACUGAAUUUCUUUGCAUGGUUUCUUUUCUCCUUGUUUGGUCAUUAUAAUCUAAAAACAGUUGGGCCCCUAAAAUGGACUCCCAAUACAUUUCCUCCUUUCCAUUUUUAUUCGUUGCACUGAAGAAUCAAAUUAGACUUUAUUAUAAAUUAUAAAUAAUAAAGCUGUGUUUGUAUCAACAUAAAUACACUUUGUGUUAAUUAUUUGGAAUUAAAACUAGAGAAAACAAAGUU